ACGUGUGCUCUUCCGGUGGCCGCUCCGGCACAUGGCGGAGUCAGGGCAUCCUGCUCGGGAGGCACCAGCAGCCUCCAGCCGGAGAACUCGACGUGCUCCGCGCAGACCCCGGCUCCCCGGCCCGGCUUCCGGUGCCUCAGACCCUCCCCUUCUCAGUUCAGUGCAACCUGCUUGUGAGUCCGCCACCAGAGCGCCAGGCAACACAGUGUCGAUGAAGCAAAAGAAGAAGAAAAUCCCGAAUAGGGUCUCUGGGACACAUGGAGACGAAAAGACCUCCGAGAAACCUGUCCUAGACGAAGCUCCCCCCAGUGCCGAGGCCCAGGCAGAGCAGCUGGCGAGGGAGCUGGCCUGGUGUGUGGAACAGCUGGAGCUGGGUCUCAAGACGCAGAGACCCACCCCCAAGCAGAAAGAGCAGGCUGUUGGGGCAAUCCGAACCUUGCGCAGUGAAAAAACGCCCUUGCCCCGGAAGAGACAGCUGAUGCGCUCCUUGUUUGGGGACUACAGGGCUCAAAUGGAUGCUGAAUGGCGGGAAGCCCUGAGGGCUCUCAAGACUGCUCCCCACUCAGCCCAGGUACAGCUUGUAGGUGAGGCGGCCAGAAAGAAGAGUGGAAAGGUCUGCAGGCCUCGUGCAGCAGGAAGAACCAAGGCCGCUGUGGACUCGACUGGUGAAGAGUUUCGGUUCAAUUUCUUCUAGAUUCUCCCACAUUCUGGACUAGUCGUCGUCCUACUCCAGGGAGAUGUGGGGAUUUGUCUUGAGUGCAAGGCUCUUCUAGGAAUCCUCUCAGCAGAAGUGGGAUUGGUUUGUCCCUCACUGGUGUGUGGACGUGCAGCUGCUAGCCAGCGUGAAACUGUCACGUGGGAACUUUCUAGGAACAUUUCCUCCUAUCAGAAGAGAGAUGCGUUUGGGAACUCUUCUGUGACAAGCCUGAUUGUUGAGUGGGUUGUAGAAGGACAUGGUGCUCCCGUCUCCGGGAGUAGCUGUUGGUGGAAGGGAACUGAAGAAGCUGUGUAAUUAUACAGGGGGCUCACUUUUGAAAGGAUGCCCUGUCACAUCGGUUUAGUGCUUUCUAUAUUGUUAGCUCACCCUAAUAAAUAUUUUUUUAAAGAAA